AUGCCCAAAUCAAUUCUCCUAAUCAACGGCCCAAACCUAAACCUCCUGGGCACACGCGAACCACACAUUUACGGGCACACCACACUAUCAGACGUUGAAAACAACAGCCGCGACGUGGCAGCCAGCCAUAAUGCAAGCCUGGAAUCCUUCCAAUCAAACCACGAAGGCGCAAUCGUCGACCGCAUCCAAGCAGCCCGCGGCAAGGUCGACGGCAUCAUCAUCAACCCGGGUGCGUAUACGCAUACAUCCGUGGCGAUCCGGGAUGCGCUGCUUGGUGUUGAAAUUCCUUUUAUUGAGCUCCAUGUGAGCAAUGUCCAUGCCCGUGAGGCGUUUAGGCAUCAUUCCUAUUUUAGUGAUAAGGCUGCUGGGAUUAUUGUUGGGCUUGGGGUUUAUGGGUAUAAGGUUGCCGUUGAGCAUGUUUGUUUGAAUUUCAAGGAGUUGGAGAAGGAGGCUAAGGCUACUCUGUAA